UCACUCGUGGAGAAUAGUUUUGGUGCAUUGUUAUUGUGACUCACAUGGAUGUAAAACAAACUAUAUCUUAAAUCGUAACUGGGCUAGAUUUUUUAUUUUUUUUUAAUCACGUUUAUUUUUAUUUUUAUUUUUAUUAUUAUUUUUUAUAAUUAUUAUUUAAAAAAAAAAAACUAAAAAUCCUGUCACUCUCCACUUUGAACUCUGCAAUCUGUAGAUGACAUGCAUUGUUAAUGUAGGACUUUUUUUAAAAGAGGUUGGAAAUUUAUGAUCAAAAUUUGAAAAUAGUGAUGGUUUUAAAGAAUUAACCUUUUUUUUAAUCACAUUUUCUAUACAUUUAUAUUAUUUUUAAUAAUGAAGUAAAAACCAACCCACCCAAUUUCUGUUUUAUUUUUAAUAAUUAUUAUUUUAAAAAAAAAAAAAAAAACUAAAAAUCAACUCACCUGCCUUUCCCACUUUGAACUCCAUCUGUAGAUGAUGACAUGCAUCAUUUAUCACUCGUUUCUAUUUCAUUGCCUUUGCUUAUAAAUAUCUCUCUAUAUGUAUUCUCAAAACAAUUUAAACACAAAAAUCAACAACAAUGGAGUACCUCCUCCCAAUACUCCAAACAAAUGCUAUGUUUGCUAUAUAUCCAUUUCUUCUUUGUCUUCUUUGCUUUGUGCUAUGGAUGUCAAGAGUUGGUCACAGAAACACAGCUAGUAAGAAAAGAGUAGCACCGGAAGCUGCCGGUGCGUGGCCUUUGAUCGGUCACCUCCAUUUAUUAGGAGGGUCUCAACUGCAACACAUAAUCCUCGGAACUCUGGCAGACAAACACGGACCGAUCUUCGGAAUCCGGCUCGGAGUGCACCGAGCUUUGGUGGUUAGUACUUGGGAAUUGGCUAAAGAAUGCUUCACCACCAAUAAUAGGGUCUUCUCUUCCCGUCCAAAAGGCGUAGCAGUGGAGCACAUGGGCUAUAACUAUGCCAUGUUCGGGCUUGGCCCUAACGGUCCAUACUGGCGCAAAAUGCGAAGGAUUACCACAGCCGAACUUCUCUCGAACCACCGGCUCGCGAUGCUCAAUCGAGUCCGUGAAACCGAGGUGAAGGCAUCAAUCAAAGAAUUGUACAAGUUGUGGGUCAAGAACAAGACUGCUUCGGAUGAAGUGUUGGUGGAGAUGAGGAAAUGGUUCGCGGACAUUAGUCUAAACCUCAUUGUAAGGAUUGUUGCUGGGAAGCGAUACCUAGCUGAGAGAAACACCAUGCCUUCGUCGGAGGGUGACGGGGAUCGGUUACACAAGGCAUUAAGGAAAUUCUUUGAAUUGAUGGGGGUGUUUACAGUUUCUGAUGCAAUUCCUUUUUUGAGGUGGUUGGAUUUGGGAGGAUAUGAGAAGGCCAUGAAGAAGACCGCUAAAGAACUGGACAGCUUUUUGCAGAGGUGGCUUGAGGAACAUAAACAAAAAGUUUCCGCUGGGGCAAAGAGUGAGCAAGACGACUUCAUGGAUGUGAUGCUGUCAAUUCUUGAUGAUGAUGGCGCCUUGGAUGAGUCCAUUUUCCAUGUUGAUACUAUCAACAAAGCUACAUGUUUGACUCUCCUCGUUGGUGCCACUGAUACAACAACAAUUACGUUAACAUGGGCCCUUUCUUUACUACUCAACAACCCUCGAGCACUAAAAAAGGCACAAGAGGAGUUAGACAUCCAUGUUGGUAAAGAAAGACAAGUGACUGAAUCAGACAUAAAGAACCUGGUUUACUUCCAAGCCAUACUCAAAGAAACACUACGUCUAUACCCGGCUGGACAACUCUUGGCGCCACGCGAGGCCAUAGAGGACUGCACUUUGGGUGGCUACCAUGUCCGCGCAGGCACACGCCUCAUUGUAAAUCUUUGGAAAAUUCAUCAUGAUCCUCGUGUGUGGUCAGAUCCUUUCGAGUUCAUGCCGGAAAGGUUCCUUACAACUCAUAAAGAGAUUGAUGUUAGAGGUCAACACUUCGAAUUGAUUCCAUUUGGUAGUGGAAUAAGAGUGUGCCCUGGAGUCUCUUUUGCACUUCAAGUUACGCAGCUUACGCUCGCUAGUUUACUACAUGGGUUUGUGGUUGCUACUCCAGUGGAUGAACCAGUUGAUAUGAGUGAGAGCUUUGGACUCUCCAACCCCAAAGCUACACCACUUGAAGUCUUCCUUACUCCUCGCUUGUCAGCUGAAUUGUAUGGAUAAAGUAUGUCGGACUUAACGUUGGAUUGUGUUGUUUUAGGUUUUCUAUGGAUAUCUAAGGAUAUAUAAGAAGAUUUUAGUAGUUUGACUCAAAUGAGGUCUAAAUUUGAGUCCUUAAUAUGUUUGACUACCAUGCUACCAUCUAAUCUUUGUCAACCAUAUUAAUGAAUUCGGGUUUUGAUUA